ACACCGUUUGACGACAAAUGCAGUAUUAGAUCAAAUUCAUUUUAGUAAUAAAUUUCCCACAAUGACAGAAUCAAUAACCCAUAGAUUUGUAUUUCAACUUCCUGUUCUACACGAUGAAAACGGUCGGGGAUACGUUUCGAUGGCCCAGGAGGCGGAAAAUGUGUACUGGCGUUGUGGAUUGAUUGGAGUUGAGAAGGGAAUGCUUGGCAUUCAAUUGAUGUGUAAUUCAGAGGAUCGAUCAAAUUUCUGGUAUAUAGAUAUAGAAUAUGAAGCAGCAAUUCUCUAUAAUGAUAAGGAGCACUUAAAUCUUAAAGGAAAAUUCCAUCACGCAGCUCGAAAGAAUCUGACACUUCGAUUUUCACUGGAACACUGCAAGAAAGCUGCAACAAAAGAUAAAGGAAUGUACAUGCAGUUCAUAGUCACAAUUGUUAAGAAAAUUGGUAUCCGUGAAAAGCGAAUUCAUGACUUCACAGUUCCCCGGGAUAAUCUUACAAAUUUAAUUCUAAUUGUGGAUGGGAAGAACAUUUACUGCAAUAAACAUAUUCUUGCGAUGAACUCUGAAGUUUUGAUGGAACUUCUAUUCCCAGACGAGGACCACGAUGUUAACGAACUUCAGUUAUCAAAUGAUUUCGAGUAUGAACCGACACUACGCAUUGUCAAAGUAUUUUAUAAUGAUGGCGAUGCAUUGACAGGCGAUAAUGUCGAUGAGACACUUGAAUACGCAACAAAGUUGAAAUCUGAAAAUGCUCGGCAGCGAUGUGAACGUUGGAUCAGCAAGACGCAGUUGCUGACUGCAAAGAAGAAAAUGAAGUUAGCUGAGAAGUAUGUUCUGGUUGAGUUGCAGAAUGAGUGUGUCGCUAUGCUAAAAACUUCCCAGCAAGUCCAAAGACUAUUUGAAAAUCCUCACGAGUUCACUGACAACGAAAUCGUUGAACUAAUGGACAAGGUCACUCUUUCAAUCGUUGGACACACAUAUGACGGUUUUUCUAAAUGAUCUCUUGACAUGUAUUUUAUUCAUAAUUCUAAGUCAAUUCUCUUUUGCCCAAAGCUUGUUAACAACUUUUCAUCCCCGUUUCUCACACUGAUAAUAUCACAAUCAUUCCCACGUUUUUAAUUCUCGCCAUUCGCUCUUUCUCUAUGAAUUACUCGAGCAAUGAUACUCAACAAUUACAUUAUUCUGGCCUACAGCCUGCGUGGGCUCGCUGCAUUGAAUAAAGCAGGUCCGCAAUGUCUCCUGGUGGUGUACGUAAAC